GACCUUCGAUUCUGUUGAACAUCCCUUUGUACUUGAGGCUCUGAAAAUUUUUGGGUUUGGAGAGAAAUUUAUCCAAUAUGUGAGUACACUUUACAAAGGAAUAACAAGUUCUAUUUUAUUAUUUCCAAUUGUUUCCAAAAGCUUUCCUGUCUUGAGAGGUGUCAGACAAGGGUGUCCAUUGAGUGCGUUCCUUUUUUUGAUCGUUGCUCAACUGUUGUUUCUCAAUGUUUCCAAUAAUCACAAUCUAAAAGGGUUAAUCAUAUUUAAUAGAGAAAUUAAAAUCACCCAACUGGCAGAUGACACAGUAUUAUUUUUGAAAGAUAAAACUCAAGUGCACAAAGCUCUCCAAGUAACUCAGGAGUUUUCAGAUGCCUCCGGUCUAACAUUAAAUAUAUCCAAGAGUGAAAUUUUGUGUUUAUACGAAACGAAUGACUCUUCUUACAGCAAUGUUCCAAUUAAGGAUGGCGUGAAGUAUUUAGGUAUCCAUAUUACUAAGAACACAACUCAUAGACAACUUCUAAAUAUUAUACCCAAGGUACAGAAAACUAAAUCAAUUCUUAACAUGUGGUUGCAAAGAGAUUUGUCUGUCUAUGGUCGUGUAUUACUCAUGAAAGCUGAAGGAAUAUCAAGAUUUGUGUACCCUACCAUUUCUCUGUGUGUCGAUGAUUUGUAUUGUAAAGAGAUCAACAAUAUGUUUGUUAAAUUCAUUUGGAAAAACGGACACCAUCAACUCAAAAAAGAAGUUAUUCAAACAAAAAAAUCAGAAAGAGGACUGGAUUUAAUUAAUUUUCUUGACUUAAAUUACACUUUUAAGGUCAAGUGGCUGAAAAAAUAUUUAGAAAAUCCUACAUCACUAUGGAACUUUAUUUCACACAACAUAUUUUCACAAAUCGGAGGGUUAAAAUUGCUAAUGAGUUGCACCUAUAAGGUUACUAAAUUACCUAUCAAACUAUCUAAGUUCCACCAGCAAGCACUACUGGCAUGGAGGUUAUGCUAUGUGCACAAUUUCUCUCCACAUAAAGAAAUUUUCUGGAAUAACGAAAACAUAACAAUCAAACGGAAAAGCCUGUACAAGAAAAAUUGGUUCGAAAGAGGGAUAGUUUUGUGUCCGAUCUGUUUGAUAGCCAUGGUAACCUGUAUAACUAUGAAGCUUUCUUAAAAGAGACAUCUAUUCCAAUUAAAAAUAAAGAAUACUGUGAGGUUAUCCAGGCAAUCCCAUCAGGAAUGAAAUCAUUAAUGGAAUCUCAUCUGAAAUAUCAGACAUGUGCAAGAAUAAUACCCGAACUAUCGUUACUUUCUGCCAAGUUAACCGAUGCCAAGUGCACCAACAAACUAAUAAGAAAUUCAUUAACUAACCAAUUUAAAAUAACCCCAAGAGGAAAGGCAUUUUGGAACUCGCAAAUACAACCAAUCAACUGGAAAAAAGUUUGGUCUACACCAUUUCAAUUCUGUAUCUCCAACAAAAUCAGAGAAAUACACUUUAAAAUACUGCAUAACAUCUAUCCCUGCAAUAGCAUCAUCUCAAAAUUUGCCAGUAUUGAUAACACCUGUGCUUUCUGUGGAACUGAAAAUGAAACCACUAUUCAUCUUUUUUACUUUUGCCAAUACUCACUAGAAUUAUGGGAAAACAUUGCUGCUGUAAUUUCUGCCAAGAGUAGGUAUCCUGUCAAUUUCACUGCUAAAGACAUCAUAGCAUCUGCCGAGACAAAGAACAGCAUAGUCAACCAUAUCACUAAUCUGUUUAUGUUAAUAGGAAAAUAUCACAUCCAUAAAGCCAAAUUCGCUAAAACACUCCCCAAAAUAAAUGUUUUCCUAGCUGAAGUAAACCUGUAUAUGGAAUCGCUAAGAAAUAUGGAAAACAAAAAAAGCAACAGAACCUUACAAUACUACGAUGACAUGUUUCUUAACUCCGAAAGGGUGAAGGUGGACUGUCUGGCUCAGGUGAAUGGACACAGCAGCUAUCCAAGUACAGCAAGUGAAAACUGCAGAAAGAGACAGAGAACUACAGAGAAGGAUGGGUCAGGAGAAAAUGGAGUUAACGUGGAAUGGAAGAACAAAAAGAGGGAAACAAGGAGUAAGGAGAGCCUGGAGAGGGAUACCAAGCAGGCUUCAGGCAAAACGAGGAAUAAGAAGACAGAGGAAAAGAAGAAAAGAAAGAUGGCCCAGGCAAAUGGCCCUACUGUCACACCCAAAUCAGCUGCCUCUACCAAAAGCCCCCCAGCUAGAGUCGUCCAGUCAGUUAAAAGCUCUAACAAGGCCCCAGUAGCCCAAGCAAAGGCACAGAAUGUCUCCUCUUCAGAUUCCACCAGCAGCAGUAGCGACGAGGAUGAAGCUCCCAAAAAUACAGCUGCCCAAAAACCAGAACUGAAAAUGCUCUCCUCCAACCAUGCUGCUUCCAAGGCACCUCCAACCACCAAACCUGUCCAGCCAAAGUCACACCCUCCUUCAUCAUCUUCUUCAGAAACCUCCUCCUCCUCUGAUGAGUCCACCACUGUAAAAAAAACACCAAAAAACAAGUGUUUAACCUCCACAACCCCCAAAGGAAGAAUAAGUGAUCUCUCCAAGUCUCAACAGAUUAUUCCCGUCCUGCAGUCCACAGACCGUGCACAGAAUCAGACUGGGAGCACAGUGGUGCCCCUUCAUGAUAAAUUCAUGGUGCCUUGUAAUCCAGACAGUGAAGAGGAGAUUGAGCUCGUAAUCCGACAGCCAAUGCAGCAGCCAGGCCGCGGUGUGGGUAGUCAGGGAUCUCGGAAAGACCGUAACCCCAGGCAAACCAGGCGUGGUGGUCCUGAAGAGAAGGGAAGGGGUGGAAGUAGAGGGGUAAUCAGCUAUAAUAGAGCCAAGGAGCCAUCCUGCCUGACUGAUUCACUGAGCAAUGUGUCAGUGGUCCUCCAGAACGGUGCAGAAGGUGCUCCCAAACAGGACUACAGCUCUAUGCCCUUGCUAGCUGCUCCUCCACAGGUGGGGCAGAAGAUUGCCUUCAAGUUGCUGGAGCUGACUGAGAACUACACACCAGAGGUAUCUGGAUAUAAGGAGGGGAAGAUUGUGAGCUUUGACCCAACCACCAAACAGAUUGAGCUGGAACUACUUAACAUCUCUCAAGAUCCUGUAGAGCCUGGCAAGUUCGACCUGGUCUAUCAAAACCUAGAUGGCUCAAAGAGUGUGGAGUAUGCAGUGUCCAGAGGCUCUCGGGUGACAGAAUGGUGGGACUCCCUGCUGGAACCAAGGCUCAUCAUUUAAAUGGGACCAAACAGUGACUUUGCACAUAUUGUAGCUUGGCAACAUGGAUUUACCUUUUCUUCAGUGAACUUUAUUCCAGGAUCCUUCAACUUGUGCUCCAGUGCUGUUAACUGCCGCUAAGUUAACUGUACACUGCAUAAGAUAGCCAAGGGAUAUAAUAGUCGCUGAAUAUAUUAUCUUCUCUGUGCUUAAUAAGUCAUCAUUUUGCACAGAAGAGCUACUGCAGUUGUAAGCACUGACAAAUGUUAUAAUUGUUGCAUUUGAAUUGAAGUUAGAUAUGAAAUGCUGUUGUUUUUUGUUUGAUUGUUUUUUAUGUAGUGGGAUUUCAGUCUUGUAUAAACAGUUUUUCUAAUAAAUAACUCAGGAUAGAUGUCAA